CUGUACUCGUCAGUUGAUACCGAAUCUUCGUAGCAAGUGUUCUAUUUGUGCGAUCUGUGAAGUCCAUUUGUGAAAUUACUCUCAACAGUGUGUUUUGUUUAGAAUCAAGAUGUCGGACAUUCCUAUUGUGUUCCGCAACUGGUGGGAUGACCACUGGGACACUCCGCUGCGCCAAUCCCGAAUUCUGGACCAGCACUUCGGGAGCGGAAUCACCUCUGAUGAUCUGCUGACGGCCAUAACGACGGCAUCUAUGGCGCAAUCGGCUAUGCAGAAUCUCUACCGACGCCCGAUGUAUAAUCGCCCAUGGCGCAAUGCUUGCAUCGCUGCACCCCAGGACAUCGGAUCGACGAUUAGCUCCGACAAGGACAAGUUCCAGAUAAAUCUGGACGUUCAGCAGUUCGCCCCGAACGAAGUCUCGGUGAAACUGUCGGGCAACAACAUCAUCAUCGAAGGAAAACACGAAGAGAAGCAGGACGAUCACGGAUACAUCUCGCGGCACUUCAUCAGGCGCUACAAUAUCCCACCGGGGCACGACUCCAAUCAUAUAAAGCCAACGAUUUCGUCGGACGGAAUUCUAACCAUUUCGGCACCGAAGAAGGCAAUUAUGAGCUCGAAUGGGGGAGAAUCAAUACCGAUCGUCCAAACCGGUGAGGUGAUGAAAAAGAAUAUUACUCGUUAGUUGGAAAAGUGGAGUGAGUGUUAACAGUUAAAUUUUGUUAGUUAACGUUUUUUAAUAAAAGAUUUUAAAAGUAUGUCUAAAACAA